GACUUUCAACUGCAUUUACAUAAAGCACAGCAAUGGAUCUCUUCAUAGUUCUGGUGAUAUGUCUUUCUUGUUUGAUUUCUUUCUUUCUGUGGAAUCAGAAUCGUGCCAAAGGGAAGCUGCCUCCUGGCCCCACUCCUCUCCCAAUCAUUGGAAAUAUUCUACAGAUAAAUACUAAGAAUGUCAGCAAAUCCCUAAGCAAGCUAGCAGAGAAUUAUGGCCCUGUGUUCACUGUGUAUUUUGGCAUGAAGCCUACCGUGGUGUUGUACGGGUAUGAAGCGGUGAAGGAAGCUCUAAUUGAUCGGAGUGAAGAGUUUUCAGGCAGAGGCCAUUUCCCAUUGUUGGACUGGACCAUACAGGGAUUAGGAAUUGUUUUCAGCAACGGAGAAAAAUGGAAGCAAACCCGGCGUUUUUCCCUGACGGUUUUGCGGAAUAUGGGGAUGGGAAAGAAGACUAUUGAAGACAGAAUUCAAGAAGAGGCCUUGUAUCUAGUGGAAGCAUUAAAAAAAACCAACGCAUCUCCCUGUGAUCCUACUUUCCUUCUGGGCUGUGCUCCCUGCAAUGUGAUUUGCUCCAUUAUUUUCCAGAAUCGUUUUGAGUAUGAUGAUAAAGAUUUUUUAACCUUGUUAGAGUAUUUUCAUGAAAACCUUCUAAUUUCAAGCACCUCCUGGAUACAGCUCUACAAUGCUUUCCCUCUUUUAAUACAUUACCUUCCAGGAAGUCAUCAUGUGUUAUUUAAAAACAUUGCUAACCAAUUUAAGUUUAUUUUGGAAAAAAUAAAAGAACACGAAGAAUCUCUAAACUUUAGUAACCCUCGGGACUUUAUUGACUACUUCCUGAUCAAAAUAGAAAAGGAAAAACACAACAAACAGUCUGAAUUUACCAUGGACAACUUGAUCAUUACCAUAUGGGAUGUGUUUAGUGCGGGAACAGAGACAACGAGCACCACCCUGAGAUACGGACUCUUGGUGCUGUUAAAGCACCCAGAGGUCACAGCUAAAGUCCAGGAAGAGAUUCAUCGUGUAGUUGGCAGACAUCGGAGCCCCUGCAUGCAGGAUAGGAGCUGCAUGCCCUACACAGAUGCUGUGAUACAUGAGAUCCAGAGAUACAUUGAUCUUGUCCCCAACAAUCUGCCCCAUUCAGUGACUCAGGACAUCAAGUUUAGAGAAUACCUUAUUCCCAAGGGCACAACCAUAUUAACAUCUCUGACUUCUGUCCUGCAUGAUGAGAAAGAAUUUCCCAACCCAGAUCAGUUUGAUCCUGGCCACUUCCUGGAUGAAAAUGGCAGCUUUAAGAAGAGUGACUACUUCAUGGCCUUCUCAGCAGGGAAGAGAGUUUGUAUUGGAGAAGGCCUGGCCCGCAUGGAGCUGUUUUUGCUACUGACCAGUAUUUUACAGCAUUUCACCUUGAAACCUCUGGUUGAUCCAAAGGACAUUGACACCACCCCAAUUGCCAAUGGGUUGGGUGCUACACCACCUUUCUAUAAGCUCUGUUUUGUUCCAGUCUGAAGAAAGGCCAGGCCGCCAGAUUGCAAAGCCACACUGACCUCACCUGAACAAGCCAGAUGCUUUUCUGUCUUGUGUGUCAGCCACCAUCCACCUCUCCUUUCACAUCAGGAAGGACAUUCCUGACCCUUUCUUUUCAUUGUCUUUAUCCUUUAAGAUUCAGUUCAAAUUUCCCUGUAUGAAACAAAAUUCUUUUUUGUAAUCCAGUCCUAAGAUUUCAUGCUGUAUCUCAUAUGCAGUGUAUACCAAUGUAAGGUACUUUAUUAAUGUCAUAUUUUCUAACAUUAAAAAUUAAAAAUUGGGACGCCUGGGUGGCCCAGCAGUUUAGAGCCUGCCUUCGGCCCAGGGCCUGAUCCUGGAGUCCUGGAAUUAAGUCCCAUAUCGGGCUCCCUGCAUGGAGCCUGCUUCUCCCUCUGCCUGUAUCUCUGCCUCUCUCUCUGUGUGUGUCUCUCAUGAAUAAAUAAAAUCUUUAAAAACAAAUUUUUUUUAAAUGCAUGAAAUUCACUCAUUUCUUCCUCUUAUCUCUUGAUAGUUUUAGCAUGUGUAAUUUGUUUUUUCCCAGUGGUUAUUAAAAAAUAAUUGUGAUACACAUUUGUAUAGGUAUGUAUAUAUGAGUAUGUCUAUGCAGGGAGAAAACAGGGGAAGGUCAUUCCAGGCAGGGGCAAUAAUGUGUGAUAAAAUAUGAAUUUGUUGCUCUGUCCAAGGAUGCCCUUCCUGCUUCCCCCUACUGGUUAAACACACAAUUGGAGACACAUACAUACAUAGACAUAGUAAGGCAAAGAAGAGGGGAGGAUUAUAUGUAUAUAUGAUUAUAUUUGAAUAUACAUAUACAGAAAUAUGUGUUUUAUGUAUGUGUAUAUACCUAUAUAUUUAUAUAUCAUAUACCUAUGAUUUGGUGGUGAAAUUUAUAUAAUAACAUAUAGGUAUUUUUACAAGUGGUAUAAAUAUAAUACCCUGUUGCAAUGGCUAUAAUAAUUUUUUAAAUUGGCUCCUUAUUCAAGAAUAGAUUAUUUUUGAACUUCUGUUAAUAUAAAAGUCCCAUAUGCAUAUAUCUUUUAUUAUUCUUCAGGAAUAGAUAUGAAGUGGCUGCACAUAUAUGUGAAGUUUAUUUUUUAUAGAUACUGAAGCAUAACAGAAGAAAAGUUAUGUAUCAGUUUACUUUUCUAUCAUGAGUGUAAUAAAAAGACUA